AUGUUCAAAUCAAAAAAUCUUAUACGUGGUGGUGAAAUUAAACCAAUUGAUCUUUUUGUACUUCAUAUCGAUUCUCAUGGUACUUUUCACGGUACAGGUUUUGAAAUAUUUAAUCCAUUGACAUUUCUUAUCGGUUUAAGUAUUCGUAAACUUCGAUAUUUAUUAAUCGAUAUUGAGCUUCAUCUAGAAUUAACAAAAAAACAAAAAUCUAGAAAAUUUAAUCCUUAUGAAGAAUAA